AUGAAGAUUGUUGCUUGGAAUGUACGAGGUGCUGGUAAAAAUAGUUGUGCAAGCACUAUCAAGGAUUUAAAAAAAGCUUUUAACAUUGAUAUUCUUGCUGUCUUGGAGCCUAGAAUAAGUGGGCCUAGGGCCCUUACUGUUGCUCAAAACUUGGGUUUCUCUCACUAUCACAUUGUUGAUGCUACUGGUUUUUCUGGGGGUGUUUGGUUACUGUGGAAUGGUAACUCUGUGUCUCUCCAUGUUGUUGCCCAUUCUAGUCAAUCUAUUACUGCUUUAGUGACUUUGGGGAAUCAAUGGUGGCUCCUCACUGUGGUGUAUGCUAAUCCAUGCCCGCGAAUUAGAGAAUCCUUGUGGAAAUACUUCGAUGGCCUUGCUUGUGCCUCCCACUUGCCAUGGCUGGUCCUAGGUGAUUUUAAUGACAUUGCUAGUGCGGAUGAAAAAUGUGGAGGCAACUUGGACCUGGGUGGCAGAUGCUUUGUUGAAUGGAUUGAUCGUAAUCAACUUGUGGACUUGGGUUUCUCUGGUGCUAAAUUUACGUGGUGCAAUAAGAGAAAUGCUGAGGGUAUUAUUUGGAAAAGGCUUGAUAGGGGUCUGUGCAACAUCAAUUGGCGGCUUCUAUUCCCAGAGGCUCAUCUAUCUCAUCUUCCUAGAGUGAACUCUGAUCACUGCCCUGUUCUGGUCUCUCUAGAUUCCAACCAUUAUCCUACCAGAGGUUGUACUCCUUUUAGGUUCCAAGCAAUGUGGAUGUCUCACCCUGAUUUUCCUAAGUUUAUUCAUGCUAAUUGGAGUAUUGGAGAUGGACAUGCUAGUCAAAAAUCUGCUCGCCUCAAGUCCUCUCUUAUUUCUUGGAACCGCCAAGUGUUUGGUUGCUUAUUCCAAAAAAAAAGAAGGCUCCUGACUCGGCUUGCAGGUAUCCAAAGGAAGCUGUGUUUGGGGCACAAUCCCUACCUUUGUGACCUUGAAAAUGAAUUAACCAACAACUACAAUAUGCUUCUUGAGCAAGAAGAGCUUUUCUGGUUGCAGAAGUCAAGAAAUACAUGGCUUAAAGAAGGUGACAAAAAUUCUCGAUUUUUCCAUCUGUCUACAAUUGUCAGGAGAAGGAGAAAUAAAUUGGAAGGUCUCAAUAAUGAUAAUGGGGACUGGAUUACAGACAAAACGGGCAUGAAGCAUAUUAUUGUUGACUACUUUCAGUGUCUUUUUUGCACUUCUGAGUCAGUUGGUGACUAUUCCCUGCUCCCUCAAUUAUUUCCUCAUCUUGAGGAGGUUGAUCUUGUGGGGUUGAGCUGUGGUGUGUCUAAUGAAGAGAUCAAAGAGAGCCUUUUCAGCAUUGGUGGUUUAAAGACUCCUGGUCCUGAUGGUUUCCCUGCUAUUUUUUACCAGAAGUUUUGGGAGCUUUGCGCUAAUGAUAUCAUUUCAUUUACCAAAGAGUGCUUUCAAACUGCCACCCUUCCUGAGCACAUCAAUGAGACUCUUAUUGCCUUGGUUCCUAAAGUGGAGAGACCUGUCUCUAUGACUCAACUUAGGCCUAUUAGCCUCUGUAACACGCUCUAUAAAGUGGUCGCUAAAAUCCUUGUAGCUAGGCUGCGUCCUUAUAUGGCCAAGCUUGUUAGCCCAAACCAAGUAAGUUUCGUCCCAGGAAGGCAGAUUACGGAUAAUAUUGUUGUUGCUCAAGAGGUGCUUCAUAAAUUCAAAACUGCUAAAGGAAAAAAAGGUUUUAUUGCUUGGAAAAUUGAUCUAUCUAAAGCUUAUGAUCGGCUGCAUUGGCAUUUUAUUCGGGAGGUCUUAUGGGAGGUGGGAAUUAGGGGGCGAAUCCUGGAAUUAUUAAUGCAUUGUAUUUCUACUGUUCAAUACAAGGCCAUCCUCAAUGGUGAGUUAACUGCAGCUUUCUCUCCUCAUUGUGGUAUAAGGCAAGGUGACCCUCUCUCCCCCUACAUAUUUGUUCUUUGUAUGGAAAAACUUUCUCACCUCAUCCAGCAAAAAAUCCAUGAUGGGAUCUGGAAACCGAUUCAAAUUUGUCAAGGAGGACCAAACAUUUCCCACCUCUUCUUUGCAGAUGACCUUAUCCUUUUUGGGGAAGCGUCCAUUCGUCAAGCUCAUCUAAUGAAGCUUUGUUUGGAUGAAUUUUGUCAUCUCUCUGGCCAAAAAGUUAGCUUUGAUAAGUCUAGGAUCUGUGUCUCCCCAAAUAUUUGUUCCGACUUGGCAAACUCUAUUGCUACCAUAAGUGGAUCCCCUCACAGCUCAAACCUUGGGAAGUACCUUGGUGUUCCUCUUAUCCACACUAAAGUUGACAAAACAACUUAUCAAGAAGUCAUUGCUAAAGUUCAAAAAAGGUUAGCUUCUUGGAAACACCACACCUUAUCUAUGGCUGGUAGGAUUACCCUUCUUCAUUCUGUGACUGCUGCUAUUCCUCUGUAUACCAUGCAAACUACCAAGUUGCCUAUUUCUAUCUGUGAUAGGCUUGAUCAGUUGAAUAGAAACUUUCUUUGGGGGCACACUGCUGAUAAAGCUACAAUUCACUUAGUGAACUGGGAAACCUCCUGCAAACCCAAGGUUGCUGGUGGCUUGGGCAUUAAGAAAAUGGCCUGGAUGAACCAAGCUAUUUUGGCUAAAUCUGGUUGGAGACUCCUUCAACAAGAGCAAGGGCUAUGGGCUGAGGUCUUUAAAGCAAAAUAUUUAAAACAGAAUGACAUCUUAACUGCUAAGGCUUCUGUGUUCCCUUGUUGUUCAAGUGCUUGGAGGGGAGUCUUAUAUGGGACCUCAACUCUUUCUAAAGGCAUCAAGUGGAGAGUGGGUUCUGGGGAUAACGUGAGGUUUUGGACAGAUAACUGGCUUAGUUGUGGCCCCCUCCAACAGCAUGCUCUCAUUGAUCUAACUGAAGAUAUGCUUCAGUUGAAUGUAAGUGACUUUUUAGAAAAUGGAAACUGGGAUCUAAAUUGCUUAAGGGAAUGUCUCCCUGAUAGUAUUAUCCAGAUUAUUAUAAGCAUCCAUGCUGGUUUCCCUGGCAGUGGAAUUGACAAAAGUAUUUGGUGGCUCACUCCUAAUGGUGACUUUUCGGUAAAAUCUGCUUACAGCACGUUCUUUCUUGAUGAACCCACGUUUAAGUGGACAUGGGAGUUUAUUUGGCAGCUGCACCUCCCUCCCAAGACUAAAACCUUCCUCUGGCUUUUCUGUCAUAAGAAGUUACUUACUAAUACGCAAAGACAGAGAAGAGGCCUCACUCAAAUCCCUAACUGUCCUAGCUGUGCUGCUCCUUUGGAAACAAUUGAGCACCUGAUCAAAGACUGCCUUAAUUCUAUUGCUGCAUGGAAUGACAUUGGUGUUGAUUUUGGGGACCUUGGCUCUUUUGACUUUGAUGAUUGGAUUCUGCUGAAUUUAAAGAGUAAAAGGAAGGUAAAUCAUAGUCUGCCUUGGCACCUAAUUUUUACUUUAUCUCUCUGGUUUAUUUGGAAAUGGAGAUGCAAAGGUGUGUUUGACCAAAACUUUACUAUGCCUGUUGAACCAAGGCAAAUUAUCUUCCAAUAUGCUGUAGAGUGGUACUCGUCCAACAAACCAUGUACUGGAACUCCUAAUCAAACUUUGACGCAGCUUUCCUGGAAUAGGCCCAGCCCUGGAGGCUGUAAGAUUAAUUCUGAUGGUAGUCGGAAUAAUACUACUGAUCAGAUUGGCGCUGCAGGUGUGUUGAGAGAUGCAACUGGUGCUUGGCUUAAGGGCUAUUCUGUGAAGUUGGGUACUGGCUCUGUCCUUGAGGCUGAACUGUGGGGUAUUUUCUGGGGGCUCUCCCUAGCUUGGGAUUCUGGGUUUCGAACUGUGGAAGUGGAAAGUGAUUCCAAGGUGGCAGUGGAUCUUCUUAAUUCUCUAACUAUUUCUACCCACCCCCUGUUCAGUAUCAUCAAUUGCUGCAAAGUUAAAAUGAGUGCUAAUUGGAAUUGCUCAGUUAGACACAUCCUUCGUGAACAAAACCGUGCAGCUGAUGCUUUGGCUGCUAUUAGUUUUGAUUUUAAUCCAGGUCUGCAUAUCUUUGAGGAGAUUGGCUUUAGCCCCCUCUGUUACCAAAAAAAAAAAAAGAAUCCAACCAUCAACCCCACCACCACAUCUAGCAUUUAA